AAUGGAAGCAAAGUUAGAAGAUUUUGAGAAGAAAAUAUUUGAAGAAGAACAAAAGCAGAUCAGUGAGGUCCAUCAUACCUUCAUUGAAGACAUUUUGGACGAUGAGGAAGUUGCUAGUACUCAAUUCGGUAACAGAUAUAUUUUGACUGCUGAGUCUAAAUAUCCUACUAAUAUUUCAUUACCGAAAGAUUUUGGUCUGAUGUUGUUCUGAAGACGCAGGUCUAAGAAAGUUCGAUACUUGAGAAAAUUACUGGAGUGCUUUCGAAUGGGAGGGAUUGAGCAAAUGCAUUGUUCUUGAGAAAAUAUGGGUGUCAUAGAUAAAAACUUUAGGUUUUUAAGAUUUGCACUUCACAAUAUUCCUCAUUCUUUGAAACUUUUUCAAAUAAGAGAUUUCUUUAUCAAACAAAAACUCCUUAUCAAAAUCUUCAUCAGCUGCUCCCACUGCAAGACUAUCAGAUUCUUCAAAUGAACAAUCGAUUGCCAAAAUCCCUUGACCCCAACCCUGUUCAGCUCAAAAGCGAAGUUUAAGUCAGAGCUGGAAGAGAUAUCGUUCCUUUGUUGUGAAGGGACCAGUGAAGAUGGAAGGUUAGGAGGGGUUAUAGGGAGGUUUGUUAAGGGAUUGGGGAGAGCAGGUUUUGGGGGGAAGUUGAAGAGAGUGGUGCUUGAUAAAGGUGGUGAGGUGGAGGAGGUGGAAGGAGUGAGGGUUGUUUAUGAGUAAGGGAAGGGAGUGGUGUAAGGUCUUGUGGAAGGGGAGUUUGUAUGUACCCGUCUCUCACAUCUAUCUUUGAAGAUAAUAGCUUCCUAUUAUAUUAAUAAGAAUA